UACCAGUAUUGAAUAAGAACAAAGUUUCUUUGGCACUUGCUGGCCGACCACAGACUAUGGCACCGUGUAGUUGGUCAACAGACUGGCAUGGAGAACACAGAAAAGGCAAUACAGAGAUUUACCUGAAUGCAGAAACUUGGCAAUGUCCCUCGUAAUGGAAGAAAUGCAAAUUCCUACUACACGAUGCUACUGUCACCUACUAGAUGGGCAGACACCCAGGGGAUGGAGAAGAAUGCCCUCUUUUUGACGGCACCACAGGGACGGGCACGCGCGCUUCUCAAAGUUGGGAGGACAGACUAGCUGUUGGGUAACAUGCGUUUAGAUUGCAAGUGCACGAACCUGCAACUUUCAGUUUCAUUUCUGGAAACCGUCCCUGAAGUACCUGCACGUGUAGGAAACGACAGGACAACACUGCAGCAGGAAGACACGCUGUCCACAGCACAAAGGAGCAUCGAAGGAGCCUGUGCAAAUACACUGUCCCACACCCGGGCCAUGAGUCCAGGCCAGGCUGCGCCGGAAAUGAAGGCCCUCCUGGCUUUGUUCCUGGUCGUGGGCCUGCCGCGGGCGGAGACCAAUGUCACUGUGUCUGGGCGACAGAAUGCGGCGAUGAGGUGCUACGUUUGCGAGACAGAGAACAAUUUUCUCUGCACCCAAGAGUCCAACUGCACCCAGGGCAGCCGGUUUUGCACCACUGUGGCCGUGAGAGUGUUUCCGCGGUUCUACCUGGUUUCCAAGCAGUGCGUGGCGGCCUGUGCCUUCGAGGGCGUGCAGCAGCGCGGGGCCAAGUCCUUCCUGCUCAUCAAGCCCACGCCUUUCCUGUACGUGGUGUGCUGCCAGGAGCGGCUGUGCAACACCCACAACCCGGUCAUCGAAGAAAACUCGGAGGAUAAGUACAAGGAGGUGGCAGGGGCCUGCGACGGGCUGGGCGGCCGCGCGGGGCUAGCGGCUCUCCUGACCCUGGCCUCCGCGCUCCUGGACCUCUGGCUGCCGUGAAGAAGCGGGCUCGCCCCCGGUGCUGGGAACCUGUGCCAUUAAACGGGUUUUGCACAGCGAGCUCACGGGCAGUCUGGCCUCCGGGGACCUUGGGUGGGGGCGGGGGGGGGGCAGCCCCGUUGGCUCCAGCAGGCGGCUGGAAGGAGGGCAAGGCCGAGCCCUGCCCAGAGGGAUUUGGUUUACACGUUGUUUCUCUCUGCAAUCAAGCCUUGUGACUCUGUUUC